UUUCUCACCCCCGCGACUUCGAAAAUCGCACGUCUCCUCCAUCCUUUUUUCUCCUUCCCACGCUUUUAGGGAGAAAAAGAAAAAAAAGAAAAAAAAAGAAAAGAAAAAUUAGGGUUUCUCUCCUCUCCCUUUUCCUUCUCCCAUCCGACGAAUCUCCCGGGAAAGGUAGGCUCUUUCAAUCUGUCAAGUUGAGCCGCAUGAAGUUUCUCCCUGAAGUUUUGUAGGUUACAUUGAUAAACAAGGAACUUACUGCUUGAAAUGUUUACUGCGACAAACUGUUAUACAGUCCAAAAGAUGCUUUUAUGAAGAGCAUAGGUUAAUCUAUUUACAGCAGUUUCUAAUCAUUUUUGAUCGAUGGGCGAGUGGGUCAUUGGAGCUUUGAUUAACAUAGUUGGGAGUAUCGCCAUAAACUUUGGGACUAACCUUCUAAAACUGGGCCAUGAUCAGCGAGAGAGGCUUGCUGUGGUUGGUGGUGAAGGCAAUGGCAAAAUUAUUUUGAAACCAAUCAUGUAUUUCCAAACCUGGAGAGUGGGUAUCCUUUUUUUCGCUCUGGGAAACUGCCUCAACUUCAUUUCCUUUGCAUAUGCGGCACAGUCGCUUCUUGCAGCUCUGGGAUCAAUCCAGUUUGUUUCUAAUAUUGCAUUUGCUUACUUUGUACUAAGCAAAACGGUAUCAGUGAAGGUUAUGGUAGCCACAUGUUUUAUUGUUUUCGGCAACAUCUUCUUAGUUUGUUUUGGCAAUCACCAGUCACCCGUUUACACACCUGAGCAGUUGAUCGCCAAGUACAGCAAUUUGAUCUUUCUUCUUUACUGUGUCUCGUUGGUGUUGGUAGUUGCUCUUAAUCACUAUAUCUAUAGGAGAGGAGAAGAUAUUCUCUCAGCUUCUGUGCCUGAUUUUAGUGCCUAUUGGCGCACGUUGCUGCCCUUUUCCUAUGCUGUUGUUUCUGGUGCUGUUGGAUCUUGCUCGGUGUUGUUUGCAAAAUCAUUGUCUAACAUGCUGAGACUAACAAUUGGCAGCAAUUAUCAGCUUCAUAGCUGGUUCACAUACUCGAUGCUUUUAUUAUUUUUGAGCACAGCAGGAUUUUGGAUGGCAAGAUUGAAUGAAGGGUUGUCUUUAUUUGAUGCAAUCCUAAUAGUACCAAUGUUUCAAAUUGCAUGGACCUUCUUCUCCAUUUGUACAGGAUUUGUAUAUUUUCAGGAAUAUCAAGUAUUUAAUACACUUAGAAUAAUGAUGUUCGUUCUUGGAAUGGCAUUUGUUUUCAUUGGAAUUUCCUUGUUAGCUCCUGAUGAUAGUAGAGCAAAUGAUACAAAGGAUUCUUCCUCCACAAGUCAAGGCUUUGCAACUGAUGUGAACAGGCUAACCAAGCUGCCAACAGAGGAGACUGAAGUAACUGAUAUGAAAUCCUUUAUGCAUGUAGUACUUGCAAAGUCUAAAUCACUAUUGUUGAAGGCGAAGGCUACCUGCUCAAUGUCCAUUGGACUUGGAGAGGAGUCAAUUAGUGCUUCGUCGGUACUUGUUAUGCCUAUGGUUUCUUCGAGGACAACAGGCUUUAGAGGAACCAUUUUCGAUAGGGCUAAGUUCAUUCCUUUAAGAAGCUCUGGUUGGAGCAGUUCUUCAAUCAAUGAUGAGUAUGACGAUGAUGCUGACGCGGAAGUGAAUGAUACACGUUCUUUGCUUUGAUAGAGCUCCAAUGAUAGAAUAAAUUUAUUGUUUUUCAGCAAGAUUAUUCUUUAGUAUAAUCUCCUUGUACCAUGAGUGUAUAGAUUUAUACUUCAUAUUCACCUUGUCAUUUUAAGAUUCAAGAUGUAAGUUUCAAAGCUUUGUUGUAUAUAAAAUCAUUCGCUUCUGAAUACUUAUUUA